AUGAAGGGCUCGUGCGGGUCCAAUGCCGAUAGGAUUAGCAACCUCCCUCGCGAUGUGAUGCAGCUCAUUCUCACAUUCUUACCUGUAAAAGAUGCAGCCAAAACAGCUACACUGUCAAAACAAUGGCGGGAGAAUUGGAGAGCGAAUACUCAACUCGUGUUCGAUCGCGAUUUCAGUCGGAUGUCCAAAACAGAACUUUAUGCGUUGCAUUCGAGCAAGCCAUUAAUGUUGGAGAUUUUCAAAGCUCUACUGGUUCCUGAUGGACCCAUAACCAAGUUCGAGCUCAUAAUCCCCGGAUUAAAGCCAUCUCCUGACAUCAUGGAUCUCAUUGUGGUCUACCUCUCCAAGAAACACGUCCAGGAAUUCCUCUUGGCCUUUUCUCAUCACCUUGACGACGACGGUUACCCAGCAAUUGACGGCAAGGUUCCUCCUGCCCUGUUUUCUGCUCGCCAGCUCAACUGUUUGAAACUGCAUGGUUGUGAAUUUACAGCACCAUCUUGGUUUUUGGGUUUUAGUAACCUAACCUUUUCUUGA